AUGAACACAGCAUUAACUUCUUCCGCACCUGCUACUACUAUCUCUAAUGCAAAUGCAUCAUCCUCCCUCAUAUUUGAUAUUACCAAAGAACGAUCAACCCCAGCUUCUCAUUCCAUCAGAGACGUUUAUGGAACAAUCAACAUAUCCCCUUCUCGCUACUUACAUCCAAGACCACAAACCUCUUCCUUGAGUCAUCCACACUCAAAUUCAUCACUUUCUAUUCCUCCCACUGAGGCUCUGCUCCCACAAAAUGUCACCCUCGAUAUUUCACAAUUCACCGCCAAAUCCGACAUUAGCAUUCCCGAAUGGCACGAGGCUUGGGCACACUAUCUUCAUUUCCUUCAGGAACAUGCCUCUCCUGAGAUUCACACUUGCUGGGCUAAUCAUUAUAACAUCUUACACAAAUACCCUGAUUUCACAGACAAUUGGAUGGCCAUCCUCACAUUCAACAUCGAACAACGUGCCUCAUAUGCAGCUGAUCCUCAAACUCUUGAUGAAGUUAAGUACUUCCAUCAGUUCGAAGAUAUUAAAGGCCGUGUUGCUAGGAAAGAAUCUCUAAAGGCCAUCAGUGAUGCAAUGACUGAUCUCAAAAGUCAUCGUCAUGAACCCUAUCCGUCUCAGGACUCUUCCUUUCGGAAGUCUCAAACCUCUGACAAGUCCUUUCAGGCCCCAAACAAACCUAAUGAUUCAGAAUGCCUCCCUCCCCUCUGCCUUGCAUGUGCACAGCUUGGUCACACCUUCCCCAACUGUCCUGACUUGUCAUCACACUCGAAAGUCAUCAACAAACAACUUGUCUCGCAAUCCAACGCAGAUGUCAAGUACUGCGUCGAUUUCAAUAUCUUCUGUAAUGGUAAAGCAUCUGUACCAAAUGUACACAUAGAGGAGGCAAAAUUCACGCCUGUUCCCUCUGCAGAUCCACUGACCAUGGCGCCUGCAGUCGGAAAUGCCUGGGGGCCUGAACCGUCCUCCAUACCCUUUUCUUGCUGGGUCACAGACCCCAUUCCAAAUAUGUCUCCUCCUCACCAUGUAUACUUAGACAAUCUUAGCAUUACUCAGACCUCAUAUGACGACGACACAGACUUCACAAAAAUCAUUACUCCUUACUCAGCAGACAAUCUCGACACCUUCUUGCGCAAUGCUAAUCUUCUUGACGAUUAUUCAGAACUUGUGUUCAAAAUCAAGCAUGGCUUUCCACUCAGUCCUCUUGAGCCCAUUCACGCCACCUAUGCACCUCCCAAUCUUCCCAGUGCUAAUGAACAUGAACAAGUCCUUUCUGUUCCUCACCUCUCCAAGUCGCCACCAAGGACGGAGCUCCAGGCGAACCUCCCAAACUUCGUGUCUGUCGCAAUCUCUUCUACAGAGGCUCUUUAG